CAACACACGUAGAGUCAACCGCGCAUGCGCAGAGUAUCGCACGCACGCGCCGGUAGAAAGUGCUUCACCGUCAGUCAAAUAACGUUGACCGACUCAGACAGACGCGACGCAAAAUUUACCUCCGCUGGAUAUAGUUGCGUCCGAUAUCGUGAUUUAAUAUUGAUAUCGUGAAGAAAUAAUGAUGGGUGUGAGUGCAAGGACAUUGGCCACAUUUCUACUGAUUUCUGCCGUAACGGCUGUGCCCGCGGGUGACUCCAGAAAAGCAAUAGCUGAUGAUACAAAAGACCUCACUGCGGAGUCGUCAGAAAUCACAUCAGAAGCGGUUGCACCACCACCAGAUCUACACAGACACAGUGAACCAGAAGCAGCAGCUACUGAUGACCACACAGACCACUCUAUAGAACUCGUCGGUGGAUCGCAAACAUUUUUUCCUACAUUCGCAAACAUCUUCGAGCCAAGACAACAAAACAGCUUCAGAAUAGGUUUUAACCAAGAAGCAGCUUACAGCCAGAGACCAAACUCAUACAAGUCGCUUCUCAACUAUCCACUUUUUGGUGGCUAUCGAAACAUUGAAAAUUUCGGAAAGCAAACCUCGACUUUGAACACACCAGCUGCACCUCUUAUAGAUACUACAGCUAGCGUUCUCGGUUCAGGCAACUUUGGCAUUAUAAGAGGAGGCACAUUCUUUGCGCAAAAUGAUGAAGAUGAAUAUGGCGAUGGUUUCAACUAUUAUAACAAUGGACAUGGUCGGCCAUCUUAUGACGUCGGUUAUAUAGCAAACCCAAGGCCAAACUAUAACCAAGAUCAGUUUGCCAACUUCAGAGACUUUGCCGAUAUCAACACACCUUCUAACUCAGCUUACUCACAUUACGUAGUGGUAUAUGCUAACAAAAACUCCACAGCAGACGAAAUAAGUGAAGAAUCCAGGAAUGUUAUGUCAGAACCAAAAAAUAUUAUAGAAACAUUAGAACGACUUGACGAAACGACGGUCAUACCAAAAUUAUCUAAAUCCAAAGCGAAAUUAGAAGCAACGAAGCAAAAGAUGAAGAAUAAAAAGGAACAAUGGAAGAAAAAUUCAAAAUUCAGUCAUAAACAUGAUUCAGAAGAACCUCUACUAGCGCUAAGUUAAAGUUAGUUAAAUAAAAAGACUUGCAUUGCGUAAGUGAUUCAAUACCAGUAGAAAAGUGAUGUGACAUGUGUGGCGGCAUUGAAAUUGCAACGAAAGGAGUUCACUAAUUUAGUUCUAUAUAAGUUGUUGUUUGUGCUGUAUAAAUGUUUCGUAGUGUAAAUGUGAUGUAUAAUUGCCAAUGAUUGUUUAUAAAUGAUGUCAAAUAUUAAAUUAAUUUCUUAAGAA